CGCGCUUGGGUGCUUUGUGUGUCUGUGACAUUAAAAAUAUAAUUCUUUGUUUCGAAAAACUUUACAAAAUAAUAUAGUUGUUUAAAAAUAUAUUUUGUGAAAUCUCGCUUCUUGUUGAAAAUUGAUUUAUAAUAAAAUCUGUUUCUUUUUUUAUUCGUUUGUGAAGUAUUUGUUGUUAGCUAUGGCUGAAUGGGCGCUAUUGCGUGAAGGCUACUGAUUUCAAAAUGGCGACUUCCGACAUCACGUUCCAAGAUGGAAACUUCAAACAUCCAUAUUUACUUGCAUUGGUCCGUUGGUGCGUUUCUUCAUUCUGGACGACGGCUACCGUUAUUUUACAUAGGAUUAUAACAGCACCCAUACCUCCAAUUAAAGCAACGAAGGUUUCGAAGACACGGCCAGCGAGCUCAGAUCAUUUACACCCUGAGCCAAAAGUAGAAUGUGUUGUUUUACACACGCCGGCUGAGCCAACGCUUGACGUCAUAUUCGUCCAUGGACUUUAUGGAUCAUUGGGAAACACUUGGAGACAGGGCGAAUGGAUGACCAAAUAUGAUAAGCUACCAACAAAAAUGCUAUUAAGAAGACCACAUUCCAGACCGACAUGCAAAUGUCCCUCCGAACCGACCAAUUGUUUUGAAAACGAAAACACACUACAAGAAUUUACAAACAAUGGCGAAACAAACGCAAUGGAAAACAAAAUGGCGGCUGACAGAAUGAAUACGAAUGUAUACAAAAAAACAAAUCAAGUAUUACCUCAAGAUAAUUAUUUCGCAGCGGACACUUUUUAUAAUAAUAAAUUAUUGCAACAAGUUAAUAUUGGCAAUUAUGAAACUCAAGCGCAGUUUGUUAAGGAUAUGUUCGAAAGUGACGCCAGAGAAAAGAAAGCCAGUUGUGAGUGUAAUGGUAAAGAAUGUAAUGGUUGUGGGUGUGUUUGUGACGAGUGCUAUUCCCCGUGCUGGCCCAGGGAUUGGAUCAGAGUGGAUUAUCCGGGCGCUAGAGUGAUAUCGAUCAAUUACACCAGUGACCCGUAUUUAUGGAGACCACUCUGGAUCAGGGAAAUCAAAAGACUUCGACUCCACGAUCGAGCUGAUCAGAUGAUCACACAGCUGUUAGAACUCGGGGUGGGAGAACGUCCGAUUGUAUGGGUCGGUCACUCUAAGGGUGGUUUAUUCAUCAAACAAAUAUAUUGUGAGGCUUACGACGCGCAUUUGAAAACAACAAAAACAGAUCGAAUAAUAACGAAAUAUUUGAAAAACGAACAAUACACAAUAGAAAGUAAGAACGAUAAUAGAAUAAACCAUUGCAUUGACGCAGACAAACAAACAGACGGAGAAGAAGACUGUGAUAAAAUUAUCUGUGAUAGCGCUACGGAUAACGAUUUUGAUAAUGCAUUAAAUAGUGAUAUUUUAAAUAAUAAUGAAGUAAUUAAUAGUAAUAAUGAAGAUAUUUGCGAAUUAGAUGACAAUAAUGUUGAAAAUAAAGAAGACACAGAAAAUAGCAAAGACCAGCUGAUCAGAAAGGCCAGGCUCUGGACUAAUAGCACCGGUUUUAUGUUCUACUCAGUCCCACAUCGCGGGUCUCCUCUCGCUGAUAUCAAAACCCCUAUCACAGCUAGGAGCAUUGAGCUUAUGGAAAUUUGUAAAGAUUGUAAUUUAGUCCUAAAUCUGCAAGAGCGCUGGUUGCAAGCGGUAUCGUCCACACAGCCAGCUGUCCGCAGCCUCGUUGAGACGUGUCGCACUCUUAUGUCUGUCCUCUACUUAAGGAUAGUCAGUGUAGACUCGGCAGAUCCCGGUAUAGGAACUUUAUAUGGUGUAUCUGUCGACCACAGAGAAAUUUGCAAGCCGUCAAGUAGAGAGUGUCUACUUUAUAAAGAAUUAAUGACCUUGAUGGAAGCAUCUCUCAAUAAACAUAGACAAUACAAAGACAUAUGUGAUUCGAAUAAAAUUGAUUGCCAGUAAUAAAAAAACAAUGUUAUAAUAAAAAUCAAAAUGUAUAAUUUUUUAAAAUUAAACAUUCAUAUAACAACAUUUUUAUUAUAUAUAAAUAUAACUAGUUUAAUUUAUGGUAGCAAAAACUACAACAUUACUCCAUCAAAUCGGUUCGGUUAUCUUGAUGAAAAAACCUUAAAUAUUAGUUCAAUGGUAUGUAACUCAUAAGUCCCAAUUCAGUAGAUCUUCAGAAAAAAAACAACAAUUUUUUUUUAAGUUACAAGCUUAUUUCAUGUGGUUUCAUUACAUAUACAUACAUUGGGAUCUAAAAGACUAUCAUUAGGAAUACCAUCUGGUACCAUAGACAAAAAAAUUCUACCGCCAAAUAAACUAGUUCCAAAGAUUGGUGGCGCAUUAUCGAUGUAAGGGAUAGUUACUAUUUUUUUAAUACCAAUGCCAAUGGGCGGUGACGAUUGGAUCAGGUGGCCCAUUUGUCCGCCUAAUAUUUUUUUUAGUGGAUUAUUUGAAAUAGUACAAAAAUGUAAUGUCCUAUUUAUGCAAAUUCCGUUAUUCGUUAUAUAGAAUCACUACACUUAUUUAUUGAUAGUCAAGUAAAACUAACAACGGUUCGGAAACGCUAAUAAUGCUAAUAACCUGAGAAAGCAUGAAAUUAUGAAUAUUAAAUUUAAAAAAAAUAUAUCAUACCAAUUGCAAAUUUACCUUAUUGUAAUCUUUUUUUUAAAUAGUAGUGCAGAUAACUACAUUAAUAUAUUUUUAUCCAUUUGUCAAAUACCAAUAUAGUUUUUUUAAAAUAUAGAAUAAAUAUUGAAAAAAAAUAAAAUAAUAUGUAUAGAUAG